AUGCCACCUGCCAGUGCCUAUCAGUGCCACAUCAGUGCCCCAUUUAGUGCCCAUCAGUGCCACCCAUCAGUGCCAGUCAGUGCCACCUAUCAAUGCCAGUCAGUGCCACCUAUCAGCGCUGCCAAUCAGUGCCACCUAUCAGUGCUAGGCAGUGCCUCCUAUCAGUGUGCAUCAGUGCCGCCUAUCAGUGCCCAUCUCCUAUCAGUGCCUGUCAGUGCUGCCUAUCAGUGCCACCUAACAGUGCCAGUCAGUGCCUCCUAUCAGUGUGCAUCAGUGCCGCCUAUCAGUGCCCAUCAGUGCCGCCUAUCA